AUGACCCGUGCGAAAUCGCAAACAUGGCCGACACCAUUGUUUUGAUUUUACCACACUAAUUGCGUGUGUGUGCGCGCGCGCUCGUCUGUGUGUGUGUCCGUAGUUUUUUAACUCGUUUUUUAUACAUACGAAUUAAUUUUUUCCACCGAUUUUCACUCGGCCCGGACGAUGCGCCGGCUGGUCGAUUCCUGCCUGUCGCGUCCCGUCCAUUUCCAUAACACCGACGCAUAGUAAAACGCUUUCCCGUUUGUCGUCCGCGUUUCGUCUCCGCCGAAAAAUAUGUAAAUAAUAUUCGGACGACGACCGGCCAGCUGCAACGCUAUACAUACCGCCACAGCCGAGAACAAUCCUAAAUAUGGAUAACCAGGGCCAUCAUCAAUCUUCGGUGAAAAAACGUUCCAUUGACGAUAUUAUAAACAACAUAACAUCAGAUCUUCAAAGUUAUGAAGGUCGUUAUAUGGUGUUGGGUAACCCGAGACAAUCGACUGAUAUGAUGUGGCAGCAAGUGAACAACUAUGCAAAUCCUCCUCAGCCACAACAUAAUAUUUAUAAUCAAGAACCGAUGAAUUUGUCAAAUAACAACCCAUACAUAUUAAAUAAUAAUCAGUAUACUCAAUAUAUGCAACCUCAAAAUUCAAUACCAGGAUAUGUUAACUAUGAUCAUCAAGUAUAUCAACAACAGCAUCAUCCUCAUCAUCUUCAGCACCAUCAACAGCAACAGCAGCAGCAACAACAACAACAACAACAACAACAUCAUCAACAGCAGCAACAACAACAACAGCGACCACAACACCAACAAACUUCUCAGCAGCAGCAGCAACAAAUGAACUAUACAUACUAUCAACAGUCACAAUAUACUUCUCAUCCCAUGUCAUACCAGACCCCUACAUAUGGUCUUUUUGAUGCACCGUGUAAUGAUGCCCUCAUUGAAAACCUCGUUCAAAGUUGGAGCCAAACUCAAAGCAAUGGUGGAGUAUUUAGCCCUUUUGGAGAUCAAGCAUUUCAGACAUCAAGAGAAAUUAUUCCUGAACAAGAUAUUAAUGUUCUUAACCAUAACACAAUAUCUAACCACAAAAAUAUUACUACACCAGUUAGGAAGGUUAGAAUGGUAGCAGAAGUGCGUCCAAUGCGACCAAGUUAUUCUGAUGUUUUAGCCAAGUCUCCUGCUGUAGGACCAGUAAAAAAGACUGCAGCUAGUACACAAGUAGAAACAUCUUUAGAUGUCAAAACUUCAUCUAAAGUAAAAACAACUGUUAAGAAAAAGAAGAAUUCAGCUAAGGUGGGUCAAGGGGAAUCUGGGUUAAGAAGACAAAAUUCAUCUGCGAGUAGUGAAGAGCGCAACACUCCUACAGUAGAGUAUAAAGAGGAUAAAAAGUCUGAAAUAACAAUCAACGGCAAUGAAAAGGUGUGGACAUCAUCUGAAGACUUGAACGGAUCAGAAUAUUUUGAAGCUGAUGAAAAUGCUUAUAGUAAUAUUUUGGUGCCAAAGUCUAAAGAAAAUAAUAAGAAAGAUAAAACGAAAGUUAAACCUAAGGCAGCAACUAUUCCAUUGUCAAAAAGCUUAGGUCAUACUGUAAAACCUCUUAAAGAUGAUGUUGAAAAACUCAAGUCCAAAAAAACUGUUCAACCAAGUUGUGUGAUUGGUGCUAAAAAAGACAAGUUAAAUAAUGAUUCAAAAAAGCAUAGUGAAUCAAAUAAUGUUAAUUCAACAACAAAAUUUGAUGACAUUGAAAAACCUUCAACCAAAAUGUCUUCAAAUGUAUCCCAACUACAACAGACUGCAGCAACUAGUAAAAAUCAGGGUUCACGUAGUACUGCAACAUUCACAGCACUACCAUUCAAAGCAAGAUAUCAACGUGUAACCAAGAAGCGACCACGUAGCUCUGCCAUCAACACAAUGAUAACGAAGCAUUUGAACUUUUUAAAAGCUCAGUUUGUUCAAUAUGCUCCAUUAAUGGUCUUCUGGUUUGUUCAUCUAUUAUGGGACGUUAUCACCAUGAGCUUACAUUUACUUUUACAUUUGUCUGCAUCAGGUAUUACUCAACUGGCCGAUUUUAGUAAGAAUUGCUGGAAGCAUUUUUGGAUUGGAUUGAGCUCUCCGUUUACAGGUGCAUCACACUGGGCUCGAGUCAAAUGGAAAGAUCAGAAUUCGGGUAAUACUCUGCAAACAAAUAUUCCACUGCCUACUACUGGUGAAGAAGCACUGAAAAGGCUACUUGCUUGUAAAGGAAAAGAUCCGUACAGUAUUUUGGGUGUAACUGUUGAUUCAUCCGAAGAUGAUAUCAAGAAGUAUUACAAGAGACAAGCUGUUCUUGUUCAUCCAGACAAAAACAAUCAAUCAGGAGCUGAAGAAGCUUUUAAAAUUUUAAUUCAUGCUUUCAACAUGAUAGGUGAUCCAGAGAAACGUAAACUCUAUGAUAGUGGUAUUGAGCACAUUAAAGAAAACUACGAUGAACUAAACAAAUUGUUGAAAAAUCUUCAUGAAAAAAUGGCACAAGUUGCAAAUACAAUUAGGUGUACUAGCUGUGGUAAACGGCACAAAAGAAAGCUGGUGUUGUGUCGGCCAAUGUAUGCUGCACGCUUCUGUGCAUUGUGUAAUGUACAUCAUUCCGCUCGUGAUGGUGAUAUUUGGUCUGAAAGCAGUAUGUUUGGUUUGCGCUGGAAGUACUUUGGAUGUAUGGACGGUGGAGUAUACGACAUCACUGAAUGGGCCACUUGUCAGCACGGUAGUCUGAAGCACAUGCGAGCAGAUACUCAUUCUGUACAGUACAGAAUAAUAUUUGGUGGCAAACAACAAACUCCCGAGCCAACGGUUUCCCCAUCACCACCUCCACAACCCAGAACACAAGCACCACCACCACCUUCAACGCCCUUAUUUGAUUUUCAUCAACCACACCUAGACGAAUUCUUGAGUUCAUUUUAUCAACAUCCAGUGCCGGGUUCUGCUACCAAUGGUGAAUUUGGAACCACAACUGACAUUCCUCGGCAACGCACUAAAAAUAAAAGAAAAAAAUAGAAAAUGAUCUUCCUUGAAUGUGCACUGUUAGAUAUAUGUUUUUCAUUUUCGAAAAGCCAAUUUCAAAUUAAGUAUCUUAUUUAGACUAAUAAUUAAUAACUCGUACAGAUUGCAACAUUUUGUUUGUAUUUUUAUUUUAAUUUACAUUUUAAACAACUUAUCACUUGUACUUGUAUAUAUGAGUACAUUGGCGAUUUACACUGUUUUUCAUUAUCAUUAUCAUUGUCAUCACUAUCAUAUUUAUGUAUGAACAAAUACGCCCCUCAAAUCAAGUGAUAUAUUUUUUUAAUACUUACGAUUAGUGUUUUAUUAAUUUACUACAUAACAUUAACAUCUGUUUAUCAUAUACUGUUUCACGGCUUAAUUUUAAAUUAACCUUAAUAUUAACACUCUGUGUUUUUAUUCAUUGUUUCUGUUCAAAACUUGUUUCUCAAACCCUAAGUUAAAAAAAAAAAUUCAUUAAACCUUUAUUUCCCACUUAUUUUUUAUGUUUUAGACUUAGCGUUUAACCCACUGAAUUUUUUUGUCAGUACAACAUUAUUAUUUAUGUAUACCUCAAACGCUGCAGUAAUGUCAAUUUUGUGAACUUAAUAAUGUAAUAACAAUAAAUACAAUAUCCGUCUAAAAAAUAAUUCAGUAUUAAAGUAUUUGAUGUUUAUUUUCUGUUUCAAAUCCUCGUCAUUACCCAGUAUUGUAAGGAAUACUUUGAAAAUGUAUUUAAAUAAAUUUUUCAAAAGUAUAAAAAUAUUA